AUGGGCAGAGUAAGUACCAAGGUCAUCUUUUACGAGGACAGGAACUUCAUGGGUCGCACCUAUGAGUGCAGCAGCGACUGCUCCGACAUGUCGUCCUACAUGAGCCGCUGCCACUCGUGCAGGGUGGAGAGCGGCUGCUGGAUGGUGUACGAUCGGCCUAACUUCAUGGGGAAUCAGUAUUUUAUGAGGAAAGGCGAGUACGCCGACUACCACAGCAUGUGGGGCUGGGGCAUGAACGACUGGAUCAGGUCCUGCCGCAUGAUUCCUAUGCACAGAGGCUCGUACAGAAUGAGGAUUUACGACAAGGAGAACUACAUGGGACAGAUGAUGGAGGUGAGUGACGACUGCGACUCCAUCAUGGAUCGCUACCACUGGUCAAGCGGAUGCCACUCAUGCCAUGUUAUGGACGGGCACUGGCUCGUGUAUGAACAUCCACAACACCGAGGCAGGAUGUGGCACUUUGGACCAGGAGAGUACCGUAGCUUCAGAGAGAUGAUGGGAAUGAGUAGCAUGAGGUUCAUGAGCAUGAGGCGCAUCAUGGAUUCCUGGUAUUAA